AUGGGGAUCGACGCCGGCUUCGACAUGGUCCCUUGUCUAUCCAGAGGAGUCGUUGAUAGACACAACUGGGAUCGUUUCAUCCAUUUCAUCAAGGACCACUACAAAGAUGAUGUCCAGGUUGAAGUUAAACCGAACUACAUCGAAUUCAAGGCUGGGGAACACCCUCGACUGCCCUUUGAGGGCCACAAGUUCCUACGUUUCAGCUCGAAGAUUUCAGGCUCUAUCGCAUCUACCACAGGAGUAGAAAGCUAUAUCAACACUGUCACACGUAUUGCGAAGGUUCACUUCGGCUCUCGUGUCCAACCCUGGAACGAGUGCUUCGACCAGUAUGGUGAAUACGACUGGGAUGAAGUCAACGAGUCAAUGAGGUCCUAUCAGGAGCCAGACGAGCCAGAGAUCCACACUAGCCUCGCAUCAUUUCUCAACGGCACUGAUCCCAUCAAGGAGCUUGACAUCCCGCUUUUCGAAGUCAAGGACAUCCCGGGAAAAGGUAGAGGUCUCAUCGCUCGCUUCGAUAUAUCCAAAGGCACCCGGAUCCUUUGCGAAAAGCCGCUCCUCACAGUCGAAAGCAGGCCACCCGUUGAGUUGGAGCAAGUCCUUGCAACAAAGCUAAAGGCAUUAUGCAAAGCAUCGCAACGACAAUUCCUGUCCCUCCACAACAACUUCCCGGGAAGGCACCCAUUCAGCGGCAUUGUCAAGACAAACGCUCUGCCCUGCGGAUCCGGCUCACCCAUAGGCGGGAUUUACCCCACGAUCUGCCUCAUCAACCACAGCUGUGUCCCCAACUCCCACAACAAUUGGAACAACACCGCCGAACACGAAACCAUCCACGCAAUCCGGCCGAUCAGAGCCGGAGAGGAGAUCACAAUCCCGUAUGAUCAAGGAGGGACAUCUGCUGUACGACGUGCCUUCCUGAAGGAAUCAUUCGGUUUCGAGUGCAACUGCCGCGGAUGCUCUCGUCCUCGUUCCGAGCUCCAAGCCAGCGAUACCCGUCGUCUGCUAAUCCAAAGCCUCGACGAAGCCAUAGGGGAUCCCUCUUGCAUGAUGUAUCGACCGAAGGAGAGUCUGAACAACUGCCACUUACUACUUCAGGCCUUGGAAGAGGAGUAUGAUGGGUGUGCUUCAGUACUCGGUGCCAGGCUCUACUAUGACGCUUUCCAAGUGAGUAUCACACAUGGAGAUCAGGCCCGGGCGAGCGUCUUCGCGGAGAGAGCGUACAAACUCAGAGUUACCGGUGAAGGUGAAGAUAGCCCCGAGACACAGAGAAUGAAGUCUCUUGCGUUGAAGCCAGCAAAUCAUGGUAGCUUUGGACUGUGUUCCAUGAAAUGGAAGACGACGAGGGGGAUGAUACCGAAGGGUCUGGAUACGGCGCAGUUUGAAAAGUGGUUGUUUCGCGAGUAA